AUGAAACUCCUCUACCCAACCUCCCUAGUCCUGGACACAAAGUCCCUGGAAGGCUUCUCCGUCUCCCUCCACCCCUACGACGUCACAACCCCAAUCCCAGACGACCUAAUCGACGCCGAAAUCCUAGUAACAUGGACAAACAAACCCGAAAACCUGCGCGACGCCGCAACCCGCAUGAAAAACCUCCGCUGGAUCCAGUCCCUAGCCGCAGGCCCGAACGACGUCCUCAGCGCCGGCUUCGACGCUUCCCGUAUCGCCAUCACGACCGGUUCCGGGUGCCACGAUGAGACGGUCGCUGAGCACGCGCUUGGUCUGUUGCUUAACGGUGCCCGGCGGUUCUUUGAAAUGCGCGAUUAUCAGAAUAAGGGUGUUUGGCCCGGCCAUCUUGGAGGCCCGCAGCCUGAUCGUGCUCCUGGUACUUUUUCCACGCUUAAGGGGGCGAAUGUUACUAUCUGGGGUUUCGGAAAUAUCGCCAAGUGCCUUGCGCCCGUUUUGACGGCGUUGGGUGCGAAGGUUACUGGUGUUGCGCGGUCUGCUGGUGUGCGGGAUGGGUUUGAGGUUGUUGGUGAGGAUGCUUUGCCGGCUGUGCUGGCUAAGACUGAUGCGCUUGUUAUGAUUCUGCCUGGGUCUGCUAGUACGAAUGGGGCGCUGGGAAAGGAGAGGCUUGCGCUUUUGCCUAAGCAUGCUUGGGUUGUUAAUGUGGGCCGGGGUACUUCUAUUGAUGAGGAUGCCCUUGUUGAGGCGCUUGAGAAGGGGGAGAUUGGGGGUGCCGCCCUUGAUGUCUUCUCUGUUGAACCAUUGCCUACUUCUUCGCCUCUGUAUAAGGCGCCUAAUCUUGUGCUCUCGCCUCAUGCUGCUGGUGGGCGGCCGCGUGGGGCUGAGGCGUUGAUUGCUUAUAACUUGCGGAGGCUUUUGGCCGGGCAGGAGCUUAAGAAUCUUAUUUAG